GCUUUUUUCUAUUUCGCGACCUAUAUUGCACUUCCGGCGAAUCGCAAAUGAAAAUUUAGUUAGCUACAAGAGGACCAUCUUCUUAACGAAUUGGCGGGUUGAAUGAAGUUAAUUUAACAAGAGAUAUUUGAGUCAAGAUGGCGAAAAGUAACUAGGUGUACAAGUAAAUGGCUCAAAUAAGUAUUUUUCACAAGCAACGAAACACAAUGGCUAGUAGGAUGCAGACAGUUUUGUGGUUUGCUCUGUUUUGCAUGGCUUCAAACCUUCCCUGCAAAGGUGAACUACCCACGUCCCAAAAAUACGAGAACGAUGAUAGAACAAGUGAUUGCUCCGCUGCAAAAGAAUUAGAUGUCAAGAUGAUUACCGAGUGCUGCAUCCAAAACCUGUCCAUCUUCCAAGAGAAGGCCGUGGACUUGGUAAAAGUACUGUGUCUGGACUUCUCGAGCAAGGGGCUUCGAAAGAUACCGUCGGCAACAAUGCCCAACCUUCGUUAUCUAAACAUCAGCCGUAACCCAGACAUCAAGCUGUCCCAAAUAAACUUCAUAACUCAGCUACCAAAUGUGUCCAUCCUCGAUUUGACGGGAAACCCACAUUGGCCAAAUGUAACCCAGACAUCAACACUGCGCAUGCUCAAUCUUAUUCGCGGAACACCGCUGGAUGACAAGUGCCUUCGAUGCUAUCUAGUUAAAAAUCUAAGAAACAUAGAUACAUUUUUGCCAAAGGCUGUCAAGCGUGAGCUAGACACCGCUGUCGAACACCCGGUUAAAUUCCAUACCAGCUGUUACGGAAACAUUUUGGAGUUCAAAGACAAAAGCUUCGUUCUAUUUGAAAAUAUAGGUUUUAAGUUGAAAUGCGUGAACUUAGACAAACGGUGCUUCCAAGGUCACGCAAAUAUUCCAUUUUUUAAAGGCUACGCGAGUGUUGGACCACUUAACAGCUGUUGGAGCACAAUGAAUAACAUCUCAAGCCCCAUAUUUGCCUUUGCAUCAAUCGCACUCAUCCUUAAUCUCGUUGUUGUCAUGGUGACAUUCAGAAGCAAAACUGUUCGUCAAAACACAGCACAGCUUCUUGUUGGUGUUGUUGCGGUAGGGGAUCUAUUGAUGGGGGUAUAUCUCUUGUUAUUCACCUCGACUAGGCGGAGUGUCUCAUACGAACAUAUGACUCGCCUUCAGCGCUCACACUUCUGUUAUUUUGUCGGGUUCGUGUCCAUAUUUGGCCAAGGAAUAAGUGCAUUCAGCUCAUUCAUAGUGACCAUAGAGAGAUAUCUCGCAGUUGUGUUCUGCCUUCAACCGGAUAUUCGCUUGUUCACCCCAAUCGCACACGGGUUUAUUGCUGUUAUCUUCUUUUUGUCCUUCGUCUUUGCGAUCCUCCCCUUCACCGUACUGAAAGGCAUCUAUGUUCCCGACUCACACUGUACGCCUGUAUCGGAGCCAACAAGCGAGGUUAUCGAGUAUAUGAUGAUCCCUGGUGGUUUGGCGUUCAUACUUUACUUCCUAACCUUCCCUUUAUAUGUGCACAUGUAUUUGUAUGUCACUAAGUCUAGCCAGGCCAUGGGAAUACAGCGCGAGGGUAAAGUCGCCCGUAGGAUCGCCUUGAUAGUUUUUAGUAACAUGGCUUUUUUCUUUCUACCAAUUGUUCUGCUUCUACUUGUCAACUUGUCAGACCUUGGGAAACUGAUGACGGACGUAGAAAAGGAUAUAUUUUGGAAAACAUUUUCGUAUAUUUGUUUUGCAGUAAAUGGGUGUUUGAACCCAGUGCUGUUCGCCUUCAGGAACGAGAAAUUCCGAAACGCGCUUCGACAUCAGUUGCAUCUAACCAAUCGCGUUCAACCAAUUUCUUGUGGAUCUUCCAAUACAUCCAAGGCCACAAGCAAACACAUGCAACCAUGA